AUGUUGAAGAGUUGCACGAGACAUGUUACUCAAUUUGUGGGUAGAAUAGGUAGAAAUCAAAUAAAGGAAUUCCACAGUAGUGGGAUUAGGACAUCUGAUUUCUCUCAUGUUGUCAUAGGAGGUGGGGUCGUAGGAACAGCCGUGGGGUCUGAAUUGCAGGCUAUAGAAGGCAACAAUGUCCUUUUGGUUGAGCAGCACCAAAGUUUAGGUACAGAAACUACAUCUAGAAACUCAGAAGUGAUUCAUGCAGGGCUUUAUUUCCCCAAGGGCAGCUUGAAGGCCGAGUUGUGCAUCAAAGGUAAAAACAAGCUAUACGAAGCUUAUGAGACAGGGAAGUUUAAUUCGGUUCAGGUUCCUUUAUCAAAGUGUGGGAAAUGGGUCGUAGCGCAAGAUGAGGCAGAAGGCGAAUAUUUAGAAAAGUUGCAGCAAAAUGCAAAAGAACUAGAAGUUCCAACUGAAUUGAUUUCACCUGAAUCGGCAAAGAAAAAAUUUCCAUUAAUAAGGGCUAGUGCAGGGAUCCUUGAAUCACCAACUACGGGUAUUAUAUCUGCCCAUGACUUGGUAUUGUAUUUCCAAACUCAAUUUGAGAAUAAUGAGGGAACCAUUGGUCUUAAUACACAAUUAAUCGACAUAGAAUAUAACAGAUCUAUCCCAAAUUAUUGUCUCAGAUUGAAAGAAAAGGAGUCUGGAAGUGAAUUUGAAGUUACUACUGAUAACUUAGUUAAUUCUGCAGGACUUUAUGCUCAAGAAGUUUCCAAUUUAUUAUUGCCUGAAGAUAGGCAACUAAACAGCUACUUUGCUAAAGGGACCUAUUAUGGCUACCAACCAGCAACCCCAAUAAAAUCAAGCAAAAUCACUGAAAAAUUGAUAUAUCCAUGUCCAAAUCCUAAUGCCUCUUCGUUAGGAACUCAUUUGACAUUUGAUUUAGGUGGACAGUUGAGAUUUGGUCCUGAUUUGGAAUGGCUUGACAUAAAGAGUGCUUCCGAAAUAGACUAUUCAGCAACUUCUAAAAACAUUAAUGAGGCAGUAAAAGCUAUUAGGCAGUAUUUUCCUAGUAUUGAAAUAGGUGAUAUACAGCCUACCUACACUGGAGUUAGGCCUAAGAUCGUUUCUAAGACAGAGAACUAUCGAAGAUUUUCUGAUUUCAUUAUUCGAGAAGAAGAUGAUUUUCCUGGAUUUGUCAAUUUAUUGGGAAUUGAGAGUCCUGGUUUAACAUCAUCCUGGGCUAUAGCUGAAUAUGUUAAAAAUAUUUAUUAUAAAUAA